UCCGAUUGCGUCACUUCCGUCGCGCUUCUGGGAGGUGCCAAGAUGGACGCUCCGCGGGCCCGGGAGCAGCUCCGGCGGCGAUACCUUUUCCCGCCGGACACCGAGGCCCCGCUGGACAGCGAGGGCUACGCCGGGCCGGCCUCUACAGCUGUUGAAAAAAAGGAGAAACCUCUUCCAAGACUUAAUAUCCAUUCUGGAUUCUGGAUUUUGGCAUCCAUUGUUGUGACCUACUACGUUGAUUUCUUUAAAACCAUUAAAGAAAACUUUCACACUAGUAGUUGGUUUGUCGUGGGUGGUGCCCUGCUGCUCCUCAGCCUGUCGAUUGCAUGUUACUGCAUCCUCUACCUGGAGUGGUGUCGUGGAAUUGAAGAUUAUGACGUCAAGUACCCCACCUUGAUACCCAUUACAACCGCUACUUUUAUUGCAGCCGGGAUUUGCUUCAACGUUGCUCUGUGGCACGUGUGGUCUUUCCUCACCCCGCUGGUAUUGUUUACUCAGUUCAUGGGGGUUGUGAUGCUCAUCUCACUCCUUGGAUGAUUUCUAAAGGUUUUAGAGCGCGUCAGUGUGAACGCUUCAACCUCCAGCCGGCUGAAAGCAUCGCAGGCGUAAUGGAAAUGCUACAGUGCGUUUUUGCAUCUAGGAAGUGAGUGGUUUCCUGGGAAAAAUUGUAACUUUGCAGUCUGGUUGAAAUCAGAAUAAAUUCGAGCUCAUUUGCCUGUUCUUAAACUCAAAAAUUAUUGAAUUUUUUUCAAAUUCAAAAUAGAAGUAAUUGGUUUGCAGUGUUAAUCUGUUUGAAUCAUUGGCGAAAGUAUUGGUGUAAACAUUUAAGCAGCGUUUCAUUACAGGUACAUGAUGUCCUCCCCGAAUUCAGAUAAGUUGUUCCUUCUUGGGUUGUAUACGGUCAAAGUGUAUGGAAGGGAAUGAUCGUGUCCUGUGCCUUUACCCCAGCGUCAGCAAUUCCUGUACUUCUCAUUUUUAUAAUAGUCUUGUUAGGUGAGAGGGCCAAUUGGAAGCAUUUUGUGUGUUCCUAUCACUUUAGAUUUCAUCAGGUGUAAAUUCCUGGGUUUCUAGCAUUUGUUUAAUGUAGGCACUUUUAAUCAUUUUUAAGUAUGUAUAAUUUUUUCCUUAAUGUUUAAAUAAAAUAUUUUUA